UUUUUGUCCCUCUUGGCUUGCCAUACUUCACAACGUCAUGCUUUUGUUCUGACAGAGCUAACAGAGGCCUGCAGCUGGAAAAGCAACAUGAAGAUCCAUGAAACUGUCCCCGCUCCUAAACAGCUCCAGUUUCUGAAGAUYCGAAGAUAAAUUUUGAAAAGUCACACGCCAACUUUUCGUUGAACUGCCGAAGGUCGCUUGGCAAGUAAAACCUGAGGAUGAGUCACGCUGGGUGGGAGGAGGAUCAGGGCACGGGACUGAGAGGCGUCUUUGAUGUUCUGGCGAAGGCUCCAUCGGAGCGACUCUUGAGCUUGGUUCUCCAGCUAGGCGACUCUCCUGAAGACCGUCUGGUCCAGGCUCUGUGUCUCAUCCUCCUCCGGAGAGGGAAGCAGGCCCUGGAGAAGUUGCAGAUGCUGAGGGACAACCCUCUCGCAAAACAUCUGGUAGAAGCCGGGAGCGCAAACGGAGGUGAAUUAGACGACUUUGGGGCUCGCUGUGGACAAUUCCGAGAGCAGACCGGACAGUGUUUGUCAUGGCUGGCUCGGAUAUUUAAAGUUUUGUCAGAGCAGAGGUUGUGCGAGGUAUCUCUAAGAAACCUAGCUUAUAAGAGAGCCCUUUCCAGUGACUGCUUCAAGAUGAACCGCUGUAGUUCUCUGGAAUAUCAUCAGCUUGUAGAGGAAGCUAAAGUUGUGUGUGGGCCUCAGUUUGCUGACCUCAAAUUUGGACAUUCCCCUGAUCCGAACACAAGCCUGAAUGAGGAAAAGACGACCUUAAAAGAGUCUCUGGAUGAGUCAGCACACAUUUGCUGCCAUCCUAGCCCUCUGCAGGAGAGYCCCUCAGAGCCCUCCUAUCCAACUCAUCUGGAGAUAAGUAUUCCUUCAACUGUUUUGUUUCAAGGGGACAAGAGUGCUUCAGAGGCAUCAGGAAACUCUUCGCCGAACCCUUGCAUUCUUUUAAGUGAACGUGAAGCAAAAAGUGUACCUGGAAAACCUCCGUCGCCUGAGCCCAGAUCCAACGAGUCUUUGUUCAAGUCAAACAAAGACUCAAAACCAAAGGAAACAUUACAUACUGUGAGCAGUAAGCUGCACGAUAACAUCCCCCAGAAUGGGAGCYCAAAUCAACCAAUCACUGAGACGUUCACCCUGCCGUCCCCACAAAACCUUUUCCUACCCAAGAUCCCUUUUCUAAAAACCCCUCAUGGCACAGAAGCAGAGGAAGAGGAAACCUUUUACGCGUUUGUUAUCCUGCACGCUCCCGAAGACGAAGAACAGGCUGAGCGCAUGAAGGAAAAAAUCGAAACAGCCAUCGGCAGGGAAGGCGCGACUUUCUCUGARGACUUCGCCAUCCCCGGGAAGAGCRCCCUGAAAUGUGUGGAGGACGCCAUCGACAACUCGGCCUUCACCUUCCUGCUGCUCACCCACAACUUUAACACCAAAAUGCUGGAGGUGAAGACGAACAUGGCCCUCAUCAACUCCAUCAACAAUGUGCACAAGUUUAACACGGUGCUCCCUUUGCUGCCUGAGGACAACUGCAUGCCCAAACAGGGAAUACCCAGGGUCCUGCAAACUCUGGUGUUUCUGGAAGAGAAGAGGCACUUCACAAAGAAACUCCAAAAAGCUCUUUCUCCAGCCAAGAUCGAAGCACAGAGAAAGAUCUGGGCCAAAGAGCAGAGCGUGAAAAGACUGCACCAUUUAAAUCAUGAAACAGACAGACUAAGCCUUUACCUGCAACAACAACAAUUCCUCCGCUCCAGUGCAAUGCUGGAACACGAGGGGGCCAACAGCAUGGCUUUGUGGGGCCCCCAGCCCAACAUUCAUAUUCAAAAUGCAAAGUACAUCAUGAUCGGUAAUGACUCUACAAUGACAGUGGAUUCAGGCAGAAACGCAAAUAAUGAUGGGUCACUUUAAGACGGACAAGGAGAAACAAAUAAAAUACACUUUCUGUGAUUUCUGGGUUCAGGGUUUUGUUCUACAAAAAAAAAGAAAAGCGACUAAAACGUUAAAGUUGAGACAACUUUGUGGUGUUCUUUGCAAAUGUUUUUACUUGGAGUGGGAAAUGUGAUAAGAUAUAACAUAAAAGUAACAUGAGAGGAAGUAAAAUCAGGCGCUUCACUUUAUAUUUAGUAGAAGACUSCCAUCUACUGGCUGAAACAUGAAGUACACCAUGAGGUUUCCUCAGGUGUAGGAGCAGCAUGUGGACAGCAGGGGGCACUGCUGCCACACGCUUCUGCACAGGAUCAUCAUGACUGUCUCAUCCAUGGUUUAAUUGACAAAAUUAAUUUAAAGAACUAUAUUUGUAUUGAAUGUGUAUACUUUAUAAGAUGUGAAAUUGAAAUAUGUGUCUGGAAUGACUCUAAAAUAUUAGUUGGGUUAGUCAAGUGUCUUGAAAUUAAAACAUUUCAAUUGAAAUUAAAACAUUUCAGUUGAAGGCCUGGCCUGCAUAAGCUCAUUUUAUAACAAGAAAGUAAUGAUUAAUAGCAAUUUUUGUCAAACCUUGUAAACUAUUUGUGAUUUUAUGCAAUAUUGUGAACUCUUGUGGGAUCUGAUAGUAUGUGUUGGGUACAACUGUCAUCUAUUACCACACCAAAUAUUAGACAAGGUUUUUUUCUGUAAUUUUAUUUGUUUGGGUAAAGAAAACUCUUAGCAGAACUUAGACAUGUCAGUCAUCUUCCUAAAAAUAAAACAUGGGGCUGAUGACAUGGUCCACAYACCCCAAAGCUUCCACAA